AUGUCAGAAGCUACCGCAAAGCCUCUUAUCAACAUCUGCAUUAUUGGACACGUUGAUUCGGGCAAGUCGACUCUCUGUGGUCAACUUGCAACCAAAUUCGGUACUUUGGAUGAGAGACAACAAGCAAAGCUUGCUAAGAUUGCUGAAGAAAACCAGAAGGGCUCUUUCACUCUCGCUUAUUUCACUGAUAGAACUGAGCAAGAAAGAAAGAGAGGUGUAACAAUCAACACUACUCUCGUUGAGAUGCAGACUACAAAGUUUAAGAUUAACUUUCUUGACUGUCCUGGUCACGCCGACUACAUCAAGAAUGCUACUAGUGGAUGUAAGCAGUCUGAUCUUUCAAUCGUUGUGGUUCCUGCUGAUUUUCAGGCCUCAUGCUCAGCUGAUGGUACUUUGAAAACACAUUUGACUCUUGCUGCUAUUCUUGGUUCAAAGAGUUUUAUAGUUUGUAUUAACAAGCUUGAUGAAGUGGCUGAAAAGGCUAGAAAAGCCGAUGGAAGUGGAAAUGUUAACUCUGAUAACUUGAAGCCUAUUUUCGAUGCAGCUGUCGCAGCUGUUGGAAAGCUUCUUAAGAAGCUUGUUCCUGAUCCCAAGAGCAUUAUUUAUCUGCCAGUUUCCGCUCUCCACGGUAUUGGUAUCUUCAAGGAUGGUAAGAAGUUUGAUUUCUUUGAGGGAUAUAUUCCUCCAGAGGGCAAAGCAAAACCAGGAUUUGAGAAGAUUACCAGCUUAGAAGAAGCUAUUGAUUUCCAGGAAACUCCCAAAAGACCAACUGAUCAGAGACUCAGAAUUCCGGUUUCUUCACUUGCCCACGUUCCAGGCCAAGGACCUAUUAUCUGUGGAAGAGUAGACUACGGUAUUCUCACAAAAGGCAUGUUAGUCAAAGAUUUGCCACUAGGAUUUGUUGGUGAAGUUAAGAAUAUUCAAGCUCACAAGCAAGAUGUUGAAGCAGGUGUGGCUGGAAUGAAUAUUGGCUUCAGCUUGAAGAUUGAAGAUAAAAACAAGGCUCCUCUUAUUGAAAAGGUUACUGCUGGUCAUAUGAUAGGUGAUGCUAAAGAUGAGAGUUUCAAUCUUUAUCCUUUCUACCUUGUUUCUUGUGUCUCACUUAAGGGUAAGAGUAAAUCUUCUGGUCAAGAGGAGAAAGGCAUUAAGUCUGGCUAUACUCCUGUUGUUUCAUGUGGUACCUCAAACAUUGCUUCUAAGUUUGUUAAGCUUGUAUCUGCUGUUGAUAGGGAUAGUAAUGCAGUAGUUGAGAAUCCUCCUUUCAUUGCCAAAGACCAGAAGUUUACUGCAUUAAUUUAUCCUACUAAACAAGCUCUUUUUGAGGGUGUCAAGAGUUUCCCUAAUCUUGGAAAAUUCGUCUGCAGAGAUUCUGGUGUCUUGGUUGCUGUUGGACAGAUUAUUGAAUGUGUAUCUGAGGAGAAAGCACUUAGCGAGUAUGGUGUUGAUCUUAAGGAAGUCACUGGUACUAAGCCAACGGGUUCAGUUACUACUGACAAGAAGGGUAAGAAGAAGUAG